AUGGUGGUUCCGGUAUCAUACGUUGGUAGUCAAUCAACUAUACAUGGGAUCGACAUUGAUCUUAAUGCUGCACCUGAGACUGCUGUGGUUGGUGAUGAUGUAUACCAUAGUAGUGAUCCUUCUUAUCAUGAAGUCGAUAGUGAAAGUGAUCCCGACGUGGAUGAGGUCCCGGAUGAUAUUGACGAUGAAGGCGUGAAUGAGGAAGUAAAUGUUAAUGCGUCUUCAGUCGGGAACCAGAUUCGUCGUAUUGUGAUACAUAAUAAUCCUGGGGUACACAUGUCUCGGAUAGACCCCGAUGCGGCGCAUGUAGCCGAGUUCCCAGAGUACCCUGAAAUACAAUCUGCUCAUCGAAUGGCCGUAUAUUCUGAUCCUGAGGAGUUGUUCGUGGGCCAGAGAUUCGAAAAUAAGGAAGAGUGUAUUUUACUUCUUGCGAUUGCUCAGGAUGGGAACAAUAACGUGCUCCCGAUUGCGUUUUCCAUCGUAGAUAAAGAGAAUAUGGAGUCGUGGGAAUUCUUCCUUACAAACCUGCGGAGGUAUGUUGUUAGUAAUGAUAGUAUUUGCAUCAUCUCCGAUAGAGGGAAAGGAUUAAUUGCUGCCAUUAGGCGUUCCGCGUACGAGCUUGAGCCACACAUUUUCCGGCAAAGGAUGACUCGACUUGAGAAUGACAUGGAAGGUCAAACGAACACAUCUUUCCGACAAUGGUUGGGUACCAUGGAGCCGUGGCAAUGGGCUCAAAGUUUUGACGAGGGCUUUCGUUACGGUCAAAUGACUACAAACUUGGUGGAGGGCAUCAAUGCUGUGUUAUUAAAAACACGACAUCUUCCGAUUUCAUCUGUCUUCUCGGCUACAUUCUACAGGUUGGCUACCUUGAUGCCAAGAAUGGGUCAGCAACAAGUCAACCAGAUAGAGGCAGGACACGUGUUUGUCGAAUAUGUCAGGGAUGCAAUGGUUGCAAACCGUCGGAUGGCGAGGUCGAUGAAUGUAGAAGUAUAUUCACGACGUAAUGAAACGUUUCGCGUUACAGAGACCAUCGGUCGUCGACCCGGUAUACCACCUAGGUCCUACGGAGUUGAUCUCCGAAAUAGACGGUGCGAUUGUAGGAGGUUCCAGACACUUCAUUAUCCUUGUGCACAUGUUGUAGCAGCUUGUGCUAAAGUCUCACUCAACGUGGAUCAAUUUAUCGAUGAAGUGUAUACCCUCGAACGCACGUUGUGUGCAUGGGAGAAUGAGUUUCCCGUACUUCCUAACCUAUCUACUUGGGAGGUUCCUCCAACGACAUUCGAGCUUGUCCCAGACAAAGGGUUGCGUAGGAACCCAAAAGGUCGUCCGCAAUCAUCUAGAAUCCGUAACGAAAUGGACAUUAGAGAGAAAUCUGAUGGGAAGUUGUGUGGAGUUUGCAGAUUACCAGGUCAUAAUCGGAAUAAAUGCCCGCUUCAAAACUACCAUAUUGGACAAUCGUCACGAUCAGAUAGAAAUUAA